AUGUCUCUUUUGUCUGCAGGUGGCUGUUCCUUUGAGGAGCACUAUAGCAACUGUGGUUAUAGCGUGGCCCUGGGGACCAGUGGGUUUACCUGGGAGCAGAUUAACACAUGGGAGAAACCAAUGCUGGACCCAGCGGUGCCUACAGGAUCCUUCAUGAUGGUGAACAGCUCUGGGAGGGCCUCUGGCCAGAAGGCCCACCUUCUCCUGCCAACCCUGAAGGAGAAUGACACCCACUGCAUUGAUUUCCAUUACUACUUCUCCAGCCGCGACCGAUCCAGCCCAGGGGCCUUAAAUGUCUAUGUGAAGGUGAAUGGUGGACCCCAGGGAAACCCCGUCUGGAACGUGUCUGGGGUGGUCACCGAGGGCUGGGUGAAGGCAGAGCUUGCCAUCAGCACCUUCUGGCCACAUUUCUACCAGGUGAUAUUUGAAUCCGUCUCUCUGAAGGGCCAUCCUGGCUACAUCGCUGUGGACGAGGUCCGGGUCCUUGCCCAUCCGUGCAGAAAAGCACCUCAUUUUCUGCGGCUCCAAAAUGUUGAAGUGAACGUGGGGCAGAACGCCACAUUUCAGUGCAUUGCUGGCGGAAAGUGGUCUCAGCAUGACAAACUUUGGCUCCAGCAAUGGAAUGGAAGGGACACAGCCCUCAUGGUCACCCGUGUGGUCAACCACAGGCGUUUCUCGGCAACAGUCAGUGUGGCAGACACGACCCAGCGGAGUGUGAGCAAGUACCGCUGUGUGAUCCGCUCUGAUGGUGGCUCUGGUGUGUCCAACUACGCCGAGUUGAUCGUGAAAGAGCCUCCCACGCCCAUCGCCCCUCCAGAGCUGCUGGCCGUGGGGGCCACCUACCUGUGGAUUAAGCCAAAUGCCAACUCUAUCAUUGGAGAUGGCCCCAUCAUCCUGAAGGAGGUGGAGUACCGCACCACGACAGGCACCUGGGCGGAGACCCACAUCGUUGACUCUCCCAACUACAAACUGUGGCAUCUGGACCCCGAUGUGGAGUAUGAGAUCCGAGUGCUGCUCACGCGACCAGGAGAAGGGGGCACGGGACCACCAGGGCCUCCCCUCACCACCAGAACCAAGUGUGCAGACCCGGUGCACGGCCCCCAGAAUGUGGAGAUCGUGGACAUCCGGGCCCGGCAGCUGACCCUGCAGUGGGAGCCCUUCGGCUACGCGGUCACCCGCUGCCACAGCUACAACCUCACGGUGCAGUACCAGUACGUGUUCAACCAGCAGCAGUACGAGGCCGAGGAGCUCAUCCAGACCUCGUCCCACUACACCCUGCGGGGCCUGCGUCCAUUCAUGACCAUCCGGCUGCGGCUGCUGCUGUCCAACCCCGAAGGCCGCAUGGAGAGCGAGGAGCUGGUGGUGCAGACGGAGGAGGACGUUCCAGGAGCUGUUCCUCUAGAAUCCAUUCAAGGGGGGCCCUUUGAGGAGAAGAUCUACAUCCAGUGGAAACCUCCCAAUGAGACCAAUGGGGUCAUCACACUCUACGAGAUCAACUACAAGGCCGUGGGCUCAUUGGACCCAAGUGCUGACCUCUCCAGCCAGAGGGGCAAAGUGUUCAAGCUUCGGAAUGAAACUCACCACCUCUUUGUGGGUCUGUACCCUGGAACCACCUACUCCUUCACCAUCAAGGCCAGCACUGCAAAGGGCUUUGGGCCGCCUGUCACCACCAGGAUCGCCACCAAAAUUUCAGCUCCGUCGAUGCCUGAAUAUGACACAGACACCCCACUGAAUGAAACAGACACGACCAUCACAGUGAUGCUGAAGCCCGCUCAGUCCCGGGGAGCCCCUGUCAGUGUUUAUCAGCUGGUUGUCAAGGAGGAGCGGCUUCAGAAGUCACGCAGGGCAGCUGACAUCAUCGAGUGCUUUUCAGUGCCUGUGAGCUACAGGAACGCCUCCAGCCUUGAUUCUCUGCACUACUUUGCUGCCGAGCUGAAGCCUGCCAACCUGCCUGUCACCCAGCCAUUUACAGUGGGUGACAACAAGACCUACAAUGGCUACUGGAACCCUCCUCUUUCCCCUCUGAAAAGCUACAGCAUCUACUUCCAGGCCCUCAGCAAAGCAAACGGAGAGACCAAAAUCAAUUGUGUCCGCCUGGCUACAAAAGCACCAAUGGGCAGCGCCCAGGUGACCCCGGGGACUCCACUCUGCCUCCUCACCACAGGUGCGUCCACUCAGAACUCCAACACUGUGGAGCCGGAGAAGCAGGUGGACAACACCGUGAAGAUGGCCGGCGUGAUCGCUGGCCUGCUCAUGUUCACCAUCAUCCUCCUGGGCGUGAUGCUCACCAUCAAGAGGAGAAGAAAUGCUUAUUCCUACUCCUAUUACUUGAAGCUGGCCAAGAAGCAGAAGGAGACCCAGAGUGGAGCGCAGAGGGAAAUGGGGCCCGUGGCCUCAGCCGACAAACCCACUGCCAAGCUCAGCUCCAGCCGCAAUGAUGAAGGCUUCUCCUCUAGCUCACAGGAUGUGAACGGAUUCGCAGAUGGCAGCCGUGGGGAGCUGGCGCAGCCCACCCUCACGAUCCAGACUCACCCCUACCGAGCCUGCGACCCCGUGGAGAUGAGCUAUCCCCGGGACCAGUUCCAGCCUGCCAUCCGGGUGGCUGACCUGCUCCAGCACAUCACCCAGAUGAAGAGGGGCCAGGGCUACGGGUUCAAGGAGGAGUAUGAGGCCUUACCAGAGGGACAGACAGCUUCGUGGGACACAGCCAAAGAGGAUGAAAACCGCAACAAGAAUCGAUACGGCAACAUCAUAUCCUACGACCAUUCUCGAGUGAGACUGCUGGUGCUGGAUGGAGACCCGCACUCUGACUACAUCAACGCCAACUACAUCGAUGGGUACCAUCGACCUCGGCACUACAUCGCAACUCAAGGUCCCAUGCAGGAGACCGUGAAGGACUUCUGGAGAAUGAUCUGGCAGGAGAACUCGGCCAGCAUCGUCAUGGUCACAAACCUCGUGGAAGUGGGCAGGGUGAAGUGUGUGCGCUACUGGCCCGAUGACACGGAGGUCUACGGAGACAUCAAAGUCACCCUGAUCGAAACAGAGCCCCUGGCGGAGUACGUCAUCCGCACCUUCACCGUCCAGAAGAAAGGCUACCACGAGAUCCGGGAGCUGCGGCUCUUCCACUUCACCAGCUGGCCUGACCACGGCGUCCCCUGCUACGCCACCGGCCUCCUGGGCUUUGUCCGCCAGGUCAAGUUCCUCAACCCCCCGGAAGCCGGGCCCAUUGUGGUUCACUGCAGUGCUGGAGCCGGGAGGACCGGCUGCUUCAUCGCCAUCGACACCAUGCUCGACAUGGCUGAGAACGAAGGGGUAGUGGACAUCUUCAACUGCGUGCGCGAGCUCCGGGCCCAGAGGGUCAACCUGGUGCAGACGGAGGAACAGUACGUGUUCGUGCACGACGCCAUCCUGGAAGCGUGUCUCUGCGGCAACACGGCCAUCCCGGUGUGCGAGUUCCGCUCCCUCUAUUACAACAUCAGCAGGCUGGACCCCCAGACCAACUCCAGCCAGAUCAAAGACGAAUUUCAGACCCUCAACAUCGUGACUCCUCGCGUCCGGCCCGAGGACUGCAGCAUCGGACUGCUGCCCCGGAACCAUGAUAAGAAUCGGAGCAUGGACGUCCUGCCGCUGGACCGCUGCCUGCCCUUCCUCAUCUCGGUGGAUGGAGAAUCCAGCAACUACAUCAACGCAGCACUGAUGGACAGCCACAAGCAGCCUGCCGCCUUCGUGGUCACGCAGCACCCUCUCCCCAACACCGUGGCGGACUUCUGGAGGCUGGUGUUCGAUUAUAACUGCUCCUCCGUGGUGAUGCUGAAUGAGCUGGAUACUGCCCAGCUCUGCAUGCAGUACUGGCCUGAGAAGACGUCGGGGUGCUAUGGGCCCAUCCAGGUGGAGUUCGUCUCGGCAGACAUCGACGAGGACAUCAUCCACAGGAUAUUCCGCAUCUGUAACAUGGCACGGCCCCAGGACGGGUACCGUAUAGUCCAGCACCUCCAGUACAUCGGCUGGCCCGCCUACCGGGACACACCCCCCUCCAAGCGCUCUCUGCUCAAGGUGGUCCGGCGGCUGGAGAAGUGGCAGGAGCAGUAUGACGGGCGGGAGGGACGCACUGUGGUCCACUGCCUGAAUGGGGGAGGCCGCAGCGGAACCUUCUGCGCCAUCUGCAGCGUGUGUGAGAUGAUCCAGCAGCAGAACAUCAUCGACGUGUUCCACAUCGUGAAGACGUUACGGAACAACAAGGCCAACAUGGUGGAGACCCUGGACCAGUAUAAAUUUGUAUACGAGGUGGCACUGGAAUAUUUAAGCUCCUUCUAGCCCAACGGCCCAGGGAACCUGCCAGAGUCCGGAGGCUGCUGUGGCCAAGCCCCCUUUCUGUGAACGGCAGCGACUGGGCUCGGGGCAGCACCCUGCCCGACUCCAAGGAGAAGACUGGAGGUCCUGUGGUCCACGGCGGGCUCUGCACCUGCCCAGGGUCUCCAGGUACCGUGGAGGCUGGUACCCCGACAGGCCCCGGCAUCUUUUGCAUACCCCACCAGCCACGCGCCCGUGCAGAAGUGCACCCAGAGCAUGGCCCGGAUUUCUCAGUGCCCAGACCUCUUGCUUUUGCUCUCUUCAAGUCUGUGACUCUCGCGGCAAGCCGACUGUGUAGAUGGAUGCGACUGGGCUCGUGGGGUCACCGCUCUGCUGCCCCCCACCGUCUCCUCCAGGGACCCCUGGCAUCGGACACUCGCUGGUCUGGAUCACUGGGACCUCGGGAUGCUCCCGAGUCCACAGCAGAGGCUCCUACCCUCCCGCCUCACCUGCAUGGGGCUUGGCCCAGCACCAUUCUGUACCCCUCCCCCAGCCCAGGGUCUUGACCUUCCGCCACUCACUGGGCAGCCCCCGGGGUCCAUGGCUCUCCUGGAUCCAGGUUCUCUCUGCUUGUCUGUGCUCCAUGGGGCAGGGUGGGACUGCAGGGAGCCUGGCUGCCCUCCUCUCUCUGUGAAGAAGGACCGCCUCCCCAGGGCAGGGCUCCGGCUGGCCCUGUGUGUCCUGGGCGGUGACCCCUCGGGGAGGGAUGAACAAGAUUCGAUGAUUUUCCAAAGUGUAUGUGAAAAGAAACUUUCUUUUGGAGGGUGUAAAGUCUUAGUCUCUGAUGUCAAAAACUGGUGGGGAGGGAAGUUCAGUUGUGUAGCUGUGAGACCAAUCUCCUGGGCCUGUUAUCUCCCUGGCAAGGUCCUCAGAAGGUUCCCCCCGGCCCAGGGUCAGCACAGCCGCAGAGCAAGGGGAAUUUCGUUUGGGGCUGGCAGAAAAGGAGCAUACCCCAGAGCUCCGAAUUUGAAUGCCUGCCUAGAGCAACCCAGCUACCAUCUCAGAAAAGGUCACUGUGGACCCAGUGAUACUCUGGUUUAAAACAUACCUAGGGGAUCAGGCCUGGGGGUCUUGCCCAAAGUGUGGGUCAGUUGAUUUUGACUUUGACUAAGCAUCUACUAUAUGCCAGACUUGGCACAUUCUUGGAACCCACCCCCCUCACCCCCCACCCUACCCUGGGAGCUAUUCACCUGUGAUCACCCUGAUUUUACAGCUGAAGACACUGAGGCAUCUUCCUCAGGUUUCCAAAGGCAGAUGGUAGAGACUUAAUUGUACUAUUUUCUUCAUCCUUUCGUAGCCAAGCAGUUAUUUUAUGGAGGGAAAAUAAGGCCAGAAACUUCUGAGCAGAGAACUCCACAAAUGGCAAUCUAGUUCUUUUUUUCUGAUGCCCGUGUUUCUGGGAAGGUCAGAGUUUCAGAUGUAUUUUAGUAACUCAUUCCCCGCUGCCCAGGAGAGCUAGUCCCAUCUUAAAUCUUGGCCAGUGAAAACCGCUCCCUGGGCCCACAGGCCGUGAGGUCUACGAGCCAGGGACGCUUUCUGUCUACCUAGGUCUCUAGCUGGUGCUCUGGUACAGCACCUGGGAGCCCAGGGUGGCCUGGGAUCCAGGAUGUGCCAUCCUGGAAGCUGGUCCAGCCCCAGACGGGGCGUGAGGAGCACAGGUUUCCCUCAGAGCUUGCUGUAUCCUGGGGAAACAGAACCUCAGUGCCGCAUCAAGUGUUACUCGAGCCUCAACGCAGGGCUUUCUAGAGGAGGUGACAUCCCUUCCACCAGGUAGAAAAACGAAGAGAAGGAAAUUCAGGCCAAGAGAACACGUGCACAAACACAGGGGUGUGCAGAAUCCUCGGGGUGGGCGAGACAGCGGGAGGUGAGCCCAGCUGGAGCAGAGCCUGGCGGCGCCAGGGCAGGGGACAAGCCAGGGUGGAGGGGGCGGCGAGCCCCACCAGCAGGGCGGACUUGGCCCCUGUGGGCAGCACGGGGCCCGGGGAGCUCUGAGUGACGCGCUCAGCUCGGGGUUGAUCCGGGGCCAGUGGGGCUGCCUCUCUUCAUCAGACACUGUGAACACAUUCCCUUAAGCGUACACUUCUUAAUAUCACAUCUAUUUGUCUGUCUGCUCAUUAUUUGUUGCUGGAACAAAAUACGCAGUACAUUAAGAGACGCAGCUUCUGUGAGGAAGUCGGGAUCUCUGCUAUGUCACAGAGCGGGGGGGCACCAAGCCAGACCCCUGGGCCCCCGAGGACGGGACAUGGUAGGAGCUCACAGAAGCUGCUCCUGUCGGCACAGGUUCUGGGGCUGUCUCGAAGCCCAGGGACCCCAGACUCGAUCAGGGGAGGACUGGCGCUUUGGAGGUUCAAAAGGAAGCAACUCAAAGCAAAGGAAGGCAAAGAAGCCCUGCCACGAGCCUGCUCUUCGCCUUUCAUGGCUCUUCCCCUGGUCCCAGGCCCCCGCCCCACUGGGCCUGCCAGCCUCCCCGGCUCCAGCCUGCUGCUCCAGCCAGCCCUCCCCAGCCUUCAGGAAGCCUGUAGCACAGGAAAUCAGCCUGCUCUAUACUUCUCCCUCAGAUCUGGGGCUCAUCUGUGCAAAACAGGAGCCAGGGGAGGGGGGUGGUCUCCAAUACAAAUCAACCCUAGGAUUUAUUCUGCUCAGGAGGGGGUGAAAUUGCAGGCAGAUGAAAUGACAGUGGCUUCUAUCAUUUCAAAUGGUAGGAAUUUAGAAUGUGACUUCGGGGAGAAGGAAACUUGUGAAAAGCACAAAGCCUCGUGGUUCUCACCUCCUGGAUGUGGACCCUGUUUGGAGAAGAUGGAAUUAACCAGAAGCCAGAAACUGUCCCACCUGCAUGCAUGUCUGGCCUAUACAUCUUCAAGGGGUAUCCUAGCUGUAACCUAACUUGUUGCCUUCUCCUCCUUUCUGGUGUGAAGGUCCUGGGGUCAGGGGCUCUGAGCCUCCAGACAGUCACAGCGUGCCUCCCUUUGUGGGAAUGGAAGGCAUCACCUUGCUUUUCCAUUUUCUCUUUGGAUGUAGCCCAAGUAGCGGCCUGCCUGCCGGGUAUCACCCAUGCUGUGGAGCCAGCAGACCCCGUGCUGGAGGCUAAUGUGAGCUCACCCAGUUCUCCCAACACCCCUAAGAUGUGCUUCCAACUGUCCCCAUUUACAGAUGAGGAGACUGAGGGGAGAAAUCACUUAAUCGCCGCCGCCCCACCCCACCCCCCAUUCCACCACAGCUAGUAAAGGAGGGAGCCAGGGUUUAAAUUGGUUCUUUUAACUUCAAAGAUAGGCUCUUUCCACUGAUGUGUCUCAGAUUUUCCCACGACGGGGUGCAGGGGGUUGGGGUGGGAGGGACCCCUAAGAGCCAAGACUAGAGUGAAGCAGGCCCAGUGGAUCUCGCAAAACCCAAAGCAGACAACAAUAAGCUCCAAACUCCUUCAGUUUCAUGUUUAACAAUUCACAGAGUAUUUGCAUUCUUUGCUAAUUUAGCCUGAUUUAACAAGAGUGUAUCAAUAUUUUUUUAACCACAUGUGCCUGAUCCCUCAUGUGGCUUUGCCCCCCUCAGCCCACUGCGAUGACCCUAGGGAAUGACCGCCCAGUCUGAGAGGCACAGUGCCUGGCCAUGCCGCUUCCUCCUAAAGCCGAGGCCAGACUCAAGCUCAAGUCCAGCUCACCUACCCACUGGCUCACCACCCGCCCCCGGUGUGGGGAUUCCCUGACCUCACUGUUCAUGGGCUGAUCUCAAGUCUCCUUCAGUUGCAUGCUGGAAAAAAGAAACCUUUGACAUCUACUAUAAUUACACAGACAUGCCCAUCUGGAAUGGCGAAGGCUGAGCCCAUAAAACCCUAAAGGGAAAGGAGAAGAUGACCCUGUCUUUCUCAGCAGACUCCUGAAUCCUGGGGCCUCUAGAAGGUGGUGCCCUCUGCCCACACAGAGUCACAUGAUUGCUAAUCUGGCCCAAUCUGAGGACACACUUCACACAAGGGGCUGAGAGCCUCCACACUGUACUUCAGCCCCACAGACUCACUGGGUGGUUACAACAUGCAGGACCCUGAAGGGGCUGCCACCAGGAAGCGCAGUUUACUAUGGCACAGUCCCUCCCUUGGUGAGACGUGGGGUUAUGGUAGAAAGAGCUCAGUCUUCAAUUCCAAUCCAGCCCAGUCAUUUCCUGGCUAUAGAAUGUCGAACCAGCUAAUCAGUGGGAAAAGAUGUGGAAAGACAAGCCUCGGACGGGCAGACGUAGGCAGAUUUGGGGAACUUUGGGUAGGAAAACAGGAAGGCAAAGCCAAGACAUUAGGACCCAAUAGGAAUCCUCAGAACCAAGAAUGCAUAGGGUCUACUGGGCAAAUGGUCACCUCUGUGACGCAGUAGAACAAGGAAUAGGGAGGGACGGGGCAGAACCACUUGGAACAAGGAUGUUGCUUUAGAACAAGUCUCUCUCUGGGAGAAAAGAUGAUUACUUUUCCCUGUGACUGAUCAAUCGUGUCCAUUCAUCACUGGGUCCCCGCUGUAAGCUAGCUCUUUGGUGUGUGUCCUUACCGUGAUCCACAUUUGCUCAGGACAGUGUGAAUCCCGGUUGUGUGCAGACGGGCCAGUCUAGCAAGGAUGCUGCAGAGAGAAGUGAGGCACAGGGAGGAGCAAACAGGAGCGUAUCAGGUCAUCUUUGCAGGAAUAACUGCCAGGCCCAGAUCCAGUGACACUGAAGGAGAUGGUAGUUCCCCUGAACCUCACUGCCUUAGAACAGAAUGAAGAAAACUGCCUUCCUUUAGCCUGCAUCUGGCCUCUCCUGGGGCAUCAGCAGCAAGCUGAGUCAGGAGUAAUGCCCUGGAAAACAGGGGUGUGCCCGAGCGUAAAAUGAGCUCAAUGCUAAUCCUGAACCAUAAAGCCAACACACUGUGCUGGGCCAAGAUCCCUGGGGAUGGAUGGUCAAAUGAAGCCGCGGGGAAGAAGAUGAGACAUGAGUCUCAUGGAUGGCCCUGGCUUGCCUUUCCCCCGUCAUCUAACUAGUCUGAGCUCCUUCCCAGCCAGUGAUGCUGGCUCCAAAUCACAGCCGGAUACGACAGGGAAAAGAGCAAUGAGAAUCCAGCUGGAAGAAACCAGCUGAGACUCAGCCUUGUUCCUGGGUCCCCACGCAAGGGUUCCAUGUUGGAGUUGUCCACAGAGACAUGCCUCGCAGUGAUAAAAUGCACGCCUUGGCUUCAUCUAGCCAGGAUCUGCCUUUGAGGAACAGCAAGGAGAGACAUCAGUGGCAGAGAGCAGAGGGGGCUCCAGUGUCUCAGAACCGUGGAUAUGAUCCUCAGAAACACAAAGAGAUGUCUAAGCCAUAUUUGCGCACAUGCGUGCACUCUUCUGGUUUCCUGGGGACCAGAGAGAGGUUUUCGUGCGACUCUGGCUGGUGUAUGAUACUUGCGUAGAGACCAUCCCUCCCACCAACCUCCAGAGGAAGUGGGAAGGGUCAGAGGGGCCACGUGCACCCCCUCAAAUCCACCCAUGAAAGGUCCCCAAGGCGCAGAGUUAGCACCCAUAAUGGUAGACCACAGACUUCGCAUCCUAGUUAUUGAAGAGACUGGGUUAGUCACUGCGGCUGACACAAAGGUGUAGAAGGACUCAGAAUGGGCAUACUAUAGGAAAAGGCUGUUGGGGCUGGGUACUGUGAACUUCCAUAGGUGUCUGAAAGCUGUUCUGAGUGGUGAAAUUUGGACCCUGGUUCUUGGUAGAAAUGCCCAGAGAAUGAACAGUCUGGGGUCCUUGGAGUGCUGGACAGAAUGGUAUCGGUAUGAAGGCCUGGAGCUCAAGGUAGUUAAUUUAUGGUUCCUUGGUGGGUGGGAUGCUUAGAAUCAGAGGAGGAAAGGGAACAUGAAGCAACCUGUCAAAAUUGCAGAACUGGGUUUCUGUAGACUUACUUCCGUGCCUUUGCACUUGUGAAUAUAAAUCAGUGGCCCCCUCUGUGACAGUGCCCCUAUCCCUCCUGUGGAAGAUUAAUGGUGUAAGAUGUUCUUUGGACCAAAGCUUCCAGGGCAGUCUGAAGGCUCAGAGGGACAGAGGGGUAACUUCCUAGGUCAGAUCAGACUUCUGAAGGGUCAGGCAGAAUACCAGUGCCCGUGCCCUCCACAGGCCUGCCGACUGUUAGAUAAAUUCUCAUGGUCACUCCCACGAGUGGAACUAGGACCAACAGGUGAAACUUCAUCGCUCUAAGAGAGGACUUGCUCUCUGCCACAGAAGCUGAGCUGCCCCAUCUUAGCAGCUGUCCAGCAAAAGCCAGACAUGCUUUUAAAGGGAAGAAGGAGCUCUGCUGAGAUGGCCUUUAGGUUUCUUCCCCUCAGAUGAGUGAGAUGCCACAGAGCUGGGACCUUGUCGGAAUGCCUUCCUUCCUGCAGAGCACAAAGCCAAACAGGUUGUGCUCGCUUGUGUGAGCUAAAGCCCCCAGUCCCAUUGCCCCCACAGCGCAUGGGCCAAGAGGCUGCUCUGGCCACACGUCCAGCUCAGGUAUAACCAACAGCCCAGAGAGAGCAGCUGCUGUGCCACAGAGCCCAUGCCCACCAAGAUCUCUGAUGAGACCAGUCAGUGUAGACCCACUGGCCAACAGGGCCACCAGUGACAGCAGAAUCAGUAAAGGUCCAAGCAGGACCCAGAGCAGGGUUUUGCAUAUCAUACACCUUAACUCCAGAGGUGAAAUCUACACCCCCUGCCCCAUACCUGAGACCCGACAGAGCAGACUGCGAAAGCAAAAGCACAGUGACUCAGCUGACUCGUGAUUAUCACCAUCCCCAGUACCAUUUCAUUGCCAGACAGACCCUGAACUAGCCCAGGCUAACCCACACUGACGAUCAGACUUGAAAGCACUUUCUACCUUCUCUUUCACCCUGCAUCUCCCCAGCCAAUGAAAGGCAGAGAGUCGGGGCAUCUGCCACUGCCUUGGCACUGGACACCAUCGUAGCCCUAGAAGGGCCAUCACGGGGUUCCCAUCAACUCCAGGGAGACUGACGUUUUCACGUCCACUGGGCACAUGAUACUGCAUGAGACCAAAGUCUCCACGCUGUCGGCAGCCUCCUCCGUGAAUCCCAGCGGCCUGCGCUUGUACAGUUUGGGUGUUUGAUAGAUAAAGCACGUAUGAGAAGAGAAAACAAAAUAAAUCAACUUAAAAAAAAAAGCCAGCACUGUGCGGUCCAUGUUGUUCUUUUUUUUUUUUUUUCUUUCCAAUUUUAGCUUAAAAAAGCAGAAGGUAAAUAGUGUCAGGUCAAUGAAUAUCAGAUAUAUUUUUUGACUGUACAUUACAGUGAAGUGUAAUCUUUUUACACCUGCAAGUCCAUCUUAUUUAUUCUUGUAAAUGUUCCCUGACGAUGUUUGUAAUAUGGCUGUGUUGAAAAUCUAUACAAUAAAGCUGUGACCCUGAGAUUCAUGUUUUCCUAA